GGGUCACCAUUAAGUUAACGUACGAUUUCUCCAGUUAAGGACAUUAGUAUGUAGAUGUAGUAAAAAAAAGCCAGGAGCGGAAAUGAGUACCUUUGAUAAAAUAUACCGAAGUGUUCUACCGAUGAAAUUCUUCAGCAAGGGUUGGGGGAGGCCAGAUAUUCUUAUUAAGUUGGUUGAGAAUAUGAAGAUUGUCAAACAGAGGGACAUCUACUGUUCAGUCAAGUGUAAGACUAAUAUCAAUAUUGAGAAGAGAACCGAGGGUAAGCGUACUGUACAAAUCGAAGGAUCAUUCUUAUCUCCAUUUGAUACUGUCAUUCCCAAUGCACUUAAAGAAGACAAUAAAGUUUCAAGAUUUCAAAUGGUUAUACCAAAAGCCUGGUCUACAAAUUAUCGUCCAGUUUGCAUCCACUUUGCUGGCACGGGUGAUCAUAAUUACUCCAGAAGAAGAUUAUUUCUCGCCAAUCAAUUGAUUGAAGAUGGUAUUGCAUCUCUUAUUAUAAUGAAUCCAUUUUAUUCCACUCGGAAACCUAAGGACCAAAAAGGUUCUAGUUUGAAUUUCGUCUCUGAUCUGUUCAUCAUGGGCGGAGCUCUAAUAAUGGAAUGCAGUGCGCUGUUAGAUUGGUGUGAACAGAAUGGUUAUGGACCGUUUGCACUUCAUGGAAUUUCAAUGGGAGGUUAUAUGGCAGGAUUAUGUGCAACUGUUUGGCCGAAACCUAUAUCACUUAUUCCCUGUUUAUCGUGGACUUCAGCGUCAGUUGUCUUUGUAGAGGGCAUAUUAUCAAAUGCAGUCGAUUGGUCAGUAUUGACAAAACAAUACUAUUCAGAUUCAAUUUAUUCGGAUGUAAUUCGACCAAAACUACAACCUCCAUUUCCUGCCUCCUUUAAAGCGGAUAAUACUUCUGAAGAUCCUUUGG